AUGAUUCGUAAAUUACUGAAGUUUUGGGGGACCAACUUGAAAAAUAGCCUGAGAUUUGAGGUUCCGUAUAGAUUCCGAUCACAACUAAAAGCUCAGAGAAGAGGGAAUCGUUUUAACCGAAGAAGAGAUGUCGAGCUCACAGUUUCGGUAUACGCAGACGCCGUCGAAGGUGGUGCACCUGCGGAAUCUGCCGUGGGAAUGCGUGGAAGAGGAGCUCAUCGAACUAUGCAAACGAUUCGGCAAGAUCGUCAAUACCAAGACCAAUGUCGGCGCCAAUCGCAACCAAGCCUUCGUCGAAUUUGCUGAGUUGAAUCAGGCUAUAUCGAUGGUUUCGUAUUAUGCUUCAUCUUCGGAGCCUGCGCAGAUUCGCGGGAAAACUGUUUAUAUACAGUACUCUAAUCGCCAUGAAAUUGUGAACAAUCAGAGUCCUGGAGAUGUCCCUGGGAAUGUACUCUUGGUUACCUUUGAAGGAGUUGAAUCUCACCAUGUCAGCAUCGAUGUUAUCCAUCUGGUGUUUUCUGCUUUUGGAUUCGUUCACAAAAUCGCCACUUUUGAGAAAGCUGCGGGUUUCCAGGCACUAGUUCAAUUCACUGAUGUGGAGACUGCUUCAGCGGCAAGGAGUGCGCUAGAUGGCAGAAGUAUACCCAAAUAUCUACUUCCAGACCACGUUGCCUCUUGCAAUUUGCGAAUGUCUUAUUCAGCUCAUACUGAUCUAAACAUCAAGUUUCAGUCCCAUCGUAGCAGGGAUUACACAAAUCCAUACCUUCCAGUGAAUCAUACCGCAAUGGACGGGUCUAUGCAGCCUGCUUUGGGUGCUGAUGGAAAGAAGGUAGAAAGUCAGAGCAAUGUCCUACUUGCUUUGAUUGAGAAUAUGCAGUAUGCUGUCACCGUGGAUGUUCUUCACACGGUGUUUUCAGCGUAUGGGACUGUCCAGAAGAUUGCUAUAUUUGAGAAGAAUGGUUCAACACAAGCCUUAAUUCAAUACUCUGAUAUAGCAACGGCGGCAAUAGCGAAAGAAGCAUUGGAAGGGCACUGCAUAUAUGACGGUGGCUACUGUAAGCUUCGACUAUCAUACUCUCGUCAUACUGAUCUCAAUGUAAAGGUACAUAAGAUUGGUUGCUUUCUUGAGUUGCUUACCCACAAAAAAAAAACGUGUUGGGAAAGAGAUUAAUAACUGAUGCCUGCAAGAACCGCUUUUAGCGACAAAAGCAGAGACUACACACUACCUGAUCUGAGCCUACUCGUGGGCCAAAAUGUUCCCGGAGUGGCUGAAGCUUCAGCGCCAACAGCUGGUUGGCAGAAUGGGCAGGUGCAAACUCAAUACGCAGGUUAUCACGCAGGGGCUUCACCUUCUUCUGGUCAUCCUCCUUACUAUGGUUGAUCCAUAUAUUUGUUUUCUACAUAAUUUACGGGUUUACUGUCAGUCUAAAGACCGAACUGGGAGUUUAUAUGUCUUAGGUUUCACGAGUUUGUUAUGUUUCAGUUAAAAGUGUGUGAUUGUUCUUGUUUUUUUGUUGGUUUAAUAGACAUUAAGUGGGGGAAACAGUAAUAAAAUCAGAACGUGCUUCAAGCGCCA